UAGCCAACUCUAGUGUCAGCUAUGCAGCGCUUAUCAUUGAUAAUAACUCGACUUCAGCCUGCUCAAACCUUUGACUUCCAAUUCCUAUAAACCUGGAAGUCCUUGCAUCAGAAGUUGAGAAAGGGAAAGAACGAUCAGCUUGUUUGUCUCUUUCCAAUCUCUGGGAAGGAACUCUCCGGAUGGGAAAUGUCCCGGUCGGUACCUCCACUUUCAAAGGAUCAGAUUUAGAAACCCCCCUCCGAGUGGGUGAAUUUAUGAUGAGGUGAUACCCAACAGAUCAAUCAAGUACCACCCCUUUCUUCGCUUUCUGCUGAUAUGCAUUCUGCGUGUUCCGUGAAUGGCGCAUACAUCUCAGGCAUACCGCUGUGGGUCUUUCCACUGGCAUCUAUCAACCGGCACCGGUCCUAUGAUCCUAUCCGCAGAGUCUGUCAAGAACAUAACAUGCAACAGCAUGGCACACUCUCUACUAGUGUCAAUACAACACGGUGACACAACCUUAUCGCUCCUCUACUAUCGAUCAUCUAUUUAGAUAUACUUACACUUCUUGGCUUUCUUGGUCCUUUUGUCCUCCAAAUUGUCCGAUCCUGGGAUUUCUGCAUCAUCCAUGCUUCCUAUCUUGGGGCGUCAAUGUCACCCCACGACUGCCCUGCUGCCGUGAUCUUCAAUACAGUCAAAACAAACCGCCGCUAGUGGAGGCUAGCGCCUGCCCACCAACGAUGUCGCAGAGCAGACCACCUAAGACCGCAAGCGAACAGUCUCGCCCGCUUUCCACCCGCUAGCUAUGGGGCUGAAUGUAACGGCGAACCGUUGCUCAGCACUAAAGCCCGUUGUACAUUAUCAUCACAACAGGCAGCAAGAUACCGGCCAGUCGGCUUUGACGUUUGUGGCUCUAGCCAUGGUGCGAUUUGACAAGAUGAUGACAACCGCAUUUUUCACCUUAACCGAGUAUGCCAUAAACACUAGUUUGGUAGCUAAGUGUCCUUAUCGGUUUCGCCUCAAAGAUACCUCGCAGUCUCGGCACUUACAACACCCCUGCAUUACGUGCUUUGAAUUCCUGACUUGUCUCGAACCGAGGCCUACGCUCUAUCACUCGCAGGAAUAAACCAUCUGUUAGACAUGCAUCUUGAGACAGACGCACAGAAUCGAAGAUCGACUCCUGCAGCGAUGAGAGGCCCCUGUCUAUUCCCAACCAAACUAUCAGGAUUCAGGGGUGUGCUUCCUGCUUAUUCCCCGACUCAUGGUAUGCUUCCCGGUUGUAUAUAAGAUGGCUUGAGCAGUGUUGCUCUGGAAUGCUGUUUGUCGCAUGACAACUCUGCUUGGCUGAUUUGCUUUCCCCCAAAUCAUCGUUCUGGUCUGACAUAAUCACGUCUAUCCACGCUGACGUGUCUCCUAUACAAUGGCUCGCCAAUAUGACAACAUCAUAUUUGACUUGGGCGAUGUGUUAUUCCAUUGGGAUGCAAGCACUGUUACUGCCCUUCCAAAGAAAACCAUCCGCGCCAUGAUGAAUACCACCAUCUGGCUAGAUUAUGAGCGGGGCUUCUUGUCGCCGGGGCAGGCACACAAGCUGUUGGCUACCGAGCUAAAGACCACACCAGAGUUAGUGGCCGAGUCACUUGAGCAAGCUCAGUUGACACUCCGCCCUGAUGCUGAGAUGACAGAUCUGAUCCUGAAGCUCGCAGCAGCACGCACAAGAUCGGGGCAAGCCAAGGUUAGGAUUCUUGGUCUCUCGAAUAUUGCCAAAGACCACUUCAUCGGCAUUCAAAAGAUCCAAUUCCCGUGGCAUCUCUUUGAUCGCAUCUUUACUUCCUGCGACACGGGAAUGCGCAAGCCAGACUUGUGCAUCUACCAGCACCUGAUCAAGGAGACUGGGAUCGACCCUGCUCGGACUAUUUUCCUUGAUGACCGUGUUGAGAACAUUUUUGCGGCUCGUAGUCUCGGUUUGAGAGGCGAGGUGGUCGGUCGUCUGGGACCCGAAAGGUCGCAGUUAGUUCGUCUUCUUACGAACCUCUUACUGCCUGACGACACUAUAAUUCGCGCCGAGGGGUUCUUGAGGUCCCGAGCGGGUAACCACCUCUCUGAGUUCGAAGGGAAGGACCUGUCUUUCCGCGACAACUUUUCGCAGCUUCUUCUAUGGGAGCUCACGGGAAUGGAAGAGCUUGUGUAUCUCACCUGGCCAAGCCGUCCAUCACCUGAGGUAUCUUCAGCUUCGUCACCGGUCGAUACCAUUUCCAAUCCAGACUCCGCCGUGGAGCUAUUCCUAGACGAGAGCCCCUCUAGCUCGUCCCAAAAAGUUAAACCCGCCACCACCUCGUCCCCGUUCUGGAACUACUUCUCCUCCCAACCAGUCCUCACAACCAACACGUUCCCCGCCGACGCAGAUACCACGUCGAUCGCUUACCUCAGCCUGCCAGAACAGCACCUCUCGUCGGUGGUGCCGCCAUCAGAAGCCAUGGCCGCCAUGGCAGCCAACACCAGCGCCGAUGGUAUCAUCCAGGUCUACUUUAGCUCUUCCCGUCCGCACACCUGCCCUGUAGUCUGCGUUAAUGUCCUUCGGUUCUUUAACAAGUUUUCUUCUACCCCCGUUGAAACCGACGAUCGCCUCAAGCCCACUGUUGACUUUGUCAUCAACUCGCUUGCUAACAGGGCGUAUGUUCACGGCAGCAGGUACUACGUCCCAGAAGCGUUUUUGUAUUUUGCCGCGCUGUUCUACAAUGAGUGCAAGGGGACUUCACCUGGUUUGUGGGGGAGGUUGGAUGAGCAUAUGAAGGGGGCUUUGUUGGAAAGGUUGAGGGUGUCGGCUGCGGGGAAUGCGGCUGCGCUGGCGAUGAGGGUGAGGGCUUGCCAGGUUGUUGGGUUGGGGAGGGAGGUGGCGAGGGGGGAUUUUGAGGAACUGUUGGGGUUGCAGAGGGGGGAGGAUGGAGGGUGGCCGGCAGGGUGGUUUUGCAGGAUGGGGAGGACGGGGGAUGCGAUUGGGAACAGGGGGUUGACUACGGGGAUGGUUUUGAGGGUUUUGAGGGAUUGGUCGUGA